GCAGCAGCAGGCAGCCCAUGUGCGCUGGCUGGCUGGUGGCCGCCGCCUGCGCGCCCUGAGUCCCCGCCAGCCCGCCCAAGAUGUCCAGCGCGCCGCACGACCCCUUCUAUUCCUCCCCCUUCGGGCCCUUCUACCGCAGACACGCGCCCUACAUGGUGCAGCCGGAGUACCGCAUCUACGAGAUGAACAAGCGGCUGCAGACCCGCACCGAGGACAGUGACAAUCUUUGGUGGGAUGCCUUUGCAACUGAAUUCUUUGAAGACGAUGCAACCUUAACUCUUUCAUUUUGUUUGGAAGAUGGACCAAAGCGAUACACAAUUGGAAGGACCCUCAUUCCUCGUUAUUUUAGCACAGUCUUUGAAGGAGGUGUGACAGACCUGUAUUACAUCCUCAAGCACUCAAAAGAAUCAUACCACAGCUCCUCCAUCACAGUGGACUGUGAUCAAUGCACCAUGGUCACGCAACAUGGAAAACCUAUGUUUACUAAGGUGUGCACAGAAGGACGUCUUAUCUUGGAAUUUACCUUUGAUGACCUUAUGAGAAUAAAAACCUGGCACUUUACCAUUAGACAAUACAGAGAGUUAGUCCCUCGCAGUAUUUUAGCCAUGCAUGCACAAGACCCCCAGGUGCUGGAGCAGCUGUCCAAAAAUAUCACUCGUAUGGGUCUGACUAACUUCACCCUCAACUACCUCAGGUUGUGUGUAAUAUUGGAGCCAAUGCAAGAGCUGAUGUCGAGGCAUAAAACCUACAAUCUCAGUCCUCGAGAUUGCCUGAAAACAUGCUUGUUUCAAAAAUGGCAGCGCAUGGUGGCGCCUCCAGCAGAACCUACAAGACAGCCAACGACCAAACGGAGAAAAAGGAAAAAUUCAACCAGCAGCACUUCCAACAGUAGUGCCGGGAACAACGCAAACAGCACCAACAGCAAGAAAAAAACAGCAGCUGCCAACCUCAGUCUUUCAAGUCAGGUACCUGACGUGAUGGUGGUCGGGGAACCAACUUUGAUGGGAGGAGAAUUCGGUGAUGAAGAUGAACGGCUUAUUACCAGGCUAGAGAACACCCAGUAUGAUGCAGCAAAUGGCAUGGAUGAUGAUGAAGAUUUCAACAACUCACCUGCACUGGGGAACAACAGUCCGUGGAACAGUAAACCUCCCACUAACCAGGAGGCCAAGUCCGAAAACCCAACACCGCAGGCUUCCCAAUAAGUUAUCUGAAGCUAUGUCCACUUUUGCUUAUAUCAGCAAGUUGCAAUUAUAAUCCCACAGCAUUCUUUACAAAAAAAACCCCAUCCAAGCUUUCCACAGAUAUCAAACCUAUUUCUUAGGUGAACAGCUAUCUUUCCUCAGUUUUAAGUUAGAAAAAUAAUUUAUAAGCUUUCAGGUGUUUUUCUUGGAAGCCUUUGCACAUUACUUCAACUGGCGCUGACCUCAUUGAAAAAACGGAAUAUGUAAGUAGCCUCAUGGCAAUUUCUUAAAGCAUUUCAGCGAACGAUUUUCCCCUACCUUGAUGUCCCUUCCUUUUACUCAAGAAAGGCCAUAUUGUGUAGCCCAUCAGUGCUCAGGAUCUCUUGACAGUUUUUUAAAACAUGGUAAAUGGUUUUUCAACUCAUUCCUGAGUUUUUGGGUUCUAGAAUACUAUAAACAAAUUGGAUUUCUUUGGAAGCAGCUUUUUCAUCAUGCUCUGAAUAGUUUUGUUCCCUGGUUAGACAUUUUUUUUUUGUGGAGCAAGCAAAAGGAGAGAGGACUAAUGGGUGUCAGGAAACUGUUUGUUAUGGAGAAAAGGUGCAGCUCAUGACAUUCCCAAGCAAAACGCUUUAGGGGCACUGCAAAAAUGUCCCAAAUGAACUGUGAUUUGAUAACAGACUGUCAAAAAAACAUUGUUUGCAAAUAUAACUUUUAUUAUAUUAAUAUAAAAUAUAAUAAAUAUUGACCAGCUGUUGUAAAUCAUGCCGUGGCUCGGUGGGAGACCAUCCGCUUUGUAUGCAGACGGUCUCGGGUUCAGCUCCUGGCAUCUACUUUUAAAUAAGCAUCAAGCAGCAGGUGAUGUGAAGGACCUUCUCCCUGAGGCACUGGAGACAACAGCGACUUUGAUGGGCUGAUCCCGCAGAGAGCAACUUCACAUGUGCUCAUUACUACCAGAAAUAUAGGGGCCAGAAAUAUAAACUAUGUAUUAUAAUUCCAAUACAACAGAGCCCAUCUAUAGAGAAACCAGAGAAACUCAGAGCCAAGCUACAAGUGACGCUUGAGACAGGUUGGACACUUGUCAGCUUCCCUCAAGUUUUGAUGGGAAAUGUAGGCGUUCUGGUCUUGCAGCUUGGCUCUCCAUUUAAUUGACGUUUACAGAGCGGCAGUCUAUAGGAGGGAGAACAUGCAGUCGGGAGAGCAGGCGUUGGGCUCUCACUGGGCGCCCCCCUUCCCCUCCGCUGGGUGUAUGUGUUGGAGGGUUUCUGUAAACUUCAAUGAAAUGGAGAGCCA